AUGGCUCCCAACAUGUCCCUCUUCUCCGUCAACGCCGUCCUCAUCCUGGCCGCCGACGACGCCUCGCGCAUCCUCGCCAAAUACUACUCCCCGCCGCACAUCCCGACCAACGCGCAAGGCAACGACUACCCCGGCGCGCAGCCCUAUCAGACCGUCAAGGAACAGAAGGCAUUCGAGAAAGGUCUGGUGGAGAAGACGGCGAAGCAGAACAGCGAUGUCAUCCUCUACGAUAACCGGGUGAUUGUGUUCAAGACGGAGGCAGACAUCAUGCUCUAUGUGGUUGGCAGCGCAGACGAGAACGAGAUUAUGUUGUACAACGUUAUCUUGGCGCUGAGGGAUAGUUUGAACAUUCUCCUCAAGAACUCCGUCGACAAGCGAACAUUGAUUGAGAACUACGACCUGGCAUCCCUAUGUAUCGACGAGAUCGUCGACGACGGCAUCAUUCUCGAGACCGACCCCGUCAUCGUCGCCAGCCGAGUCAGCAGACCUCCAGUACAGGACAUUCCCAACAUGCAAGGCCUUGAUCUGAGUGAGGAAGGUCUGCUCAAGAUCUACCAGUUUGGAAAACAGAAACUCGGCGAACGGCUACGACAAGGACUAUAG